AUGAACGACUCAGCAGAUGUCGACUCACCAACAUCAUCAUACAUCAACGUCGCUCUCAAUCGACUUGUUUGUUUGAUUUUGUUCAGCAUCUUCAUCAUUCCAUCAACAUUAUUAGCUUUGUAUAUCUGUUAUUGGAUCUGUCGCCUAGACGAAUUGCGAACUCGUUUAACCAAUCAUUCAAUUAUCUUCAUCUUCAUCAUCGGCUUGAUUCAAGAAACAUGUGAAAUGCCAUUCUUGUUGGCGUUUCUGAGGAGUGGUCGUGUUCCAUUCGAGACUUAUCGUUUCUGCAAGUUCUGGAUUGCUUUCAACUACAGUCUGAAUACAAGUCUCUUGUUUCUCAAUGCUCAUCUCUCAGUUGAUCGUUAUCUGUUCAUCAUACAUCCCAAUAUUCUAAACAAAUACAAGACUUGGAUUCAUUAUGCUCCAAUGGCGACGUUCACACUGAUUGCAAUUAUAUAUUCUUGCAGUGCAGUUCUGUUUUAUCCAUGCGAAGAGCAUUUCUCGUAUGUUGAUCAGUUAUGUGGUGGUUCAUGUUAUCAACUAGAAGCAGCUAUUGGCACAUUUGAUGUAAUAUUCACCGUUUAUAUGCCACUAUCAUGCAUAAUUUUUUUCAACGUUUUGCUUUGCAUGCGAGUGAUGCUGCAGAGACGUCGAAUGCGACAGAAAAACGUGUGGAAAAAGAAUGUUGGGAUGCUUGGACAACUGUUAUCAGUAUCGGCGAUACAUACGAUAGUUUGGCUACCUGUGACUAUUGUUUUAGUGCUUGCAGCAACCAGUGAAAGGCCAUCUGAUUUGUUAAUUGAACUGCAAACAAGUUUUGUGCUGAUCAAUAUCAUUUACUUAUCGGUGUUGGGAAAUCCAGUUGUGUGUGUGUUUGCGUUGCCAGAAAUCAAACAGAAGAUGAGGCUUUUGAUCGAUAAUCGUCGACGACGAAUGAUGUCAGACACUAAACAAAAUGCCAUUCAUCCCAUGACAACGAACAGAGCUGUAAUUAUGAUGAGAUGA